AUGACCACCUCCAAGCAACUCACCUGCAACACUUUUGCUGUCAUUGGUAGCUUGUCCUCAUUCCUUUCACUGAUCAAAAUCAACGGUGGGAGUGGCAGUCGACGUCUCCUCGCCAAGGACCAUCGACUGAUCGGGGAGGAUGUGACCCCUAAUGCGACGGUGGCCAAGGACGGUAGCAGAGACUUUAAGACCAUCUUCGAGGUGCUUGCUAAAAUACUGAGCUCCUACAACAGCAGGUAUGUGAUUUAUGUGAAGGAAGGCGUGUAUGAGGAGCAGGUGGUGGUGGACUUGAUCAGUGUCAGCAUCUACAGUGACAACUCAAGGAAGAGCGUCAUUAUUAGAAGCAAGAACUUCAUCGACGACACUACAUUAUCUGAAACCACCACUUUUGAGGUGUACCAGGACACGCUCUAUGCUCACACGCACCAUCAGUUCUAUCGUGGCUGCCUCAUCCUCGGCACCAUCAACUUCAUCUUCGGCAAGUGUGUUGCAUGCCUACUACAGUGA